AUGUUUGGUCUAGGACUUUUUAAAAAUAUGGAGCGUAAAGCGCUACGUUUUGUACUGAGCCAGCUGGUUCGCUCAGCUCAGAGUAUAAUCAAAGGCGAGCCUGCGGCUAUUCGAGAAGCCAUAUCGCUUGUUGGUACGGUUAAUGAGUCGAUGGUUGGACAACUUCCGCCUGUUGAAGUGUGCGCUGCUCAGACUUGCCCAGUUUUGUAUGGUCUAGUAUAUGAAUGUGAAAAUGUGCACGCUUCCGUGUUCGGCUUUAGUCGCACCGGUGAAGCGAUUCCGUUGCAUAACCAUCCCUCAAUGCAUGGUUUUGUCACGGUCCUUCGAGGUGCACUGAAGGUGAGAUCAUUUUCAUUUUUGGAUCCUUCGGGCAAGCACUGGUCCGGGCGUACAAAAGUGCGAUAUGAAGGAGAGAAAGUCGUAAAGAAAGGAGAUGGUUGCGUGAAUCUGCAUCCUAUCAAAGGUAAUAUUCAUGAAAUAAUAGCGAUGGAAGAUGGCUCCUUUUUCUUUGACGCUCUUUUACCUGGAUACGAUGACACACUCAACUGUACAUAUUUUGAAGCGCCAGAGGUUCUUCCAUUGGCUGGACAUGAUUGCUCUUUGAAAGAAGUUGGUUGUCCUAGUAGCUACUUCUGUUACACAAUUCCACUUGAACCUUUGAAGAAGUUUGUGAUGACAACUUUGGAUCCCGGCUGGCAUAUAAACGAUAGUCUGUUACCUGACCUUUUCGAUGGCAACCCUGUACCAACGGAUAAGAAAAAGCUUGAGAAGAAGCUAUGUGACAUAGACAUUCGUGAAUUUGCCCUUCCAUGUCUCUCUAGCUGUGCUACCAAAGAAUGGCUUACUGGUCCUGUUGUUUUGCAGCUUACUAGGUUCAGAAAUGUGUCACAACCGAAAAUCAAAGAAGAUUCAAAAGGCGAUGAUGACGUGUUCCGAUUAUCGUUAACGGAUGGUCAUACAUCCCUUUCUGUGGUGAUUAUGGAAAACAUCAAGGGAAUAAAUGCGGACACACCUCCAGGAACAAAAUUGUUGAUCAAUGGCAAAGUUCCUAUAGAAAGCGGGUUUGCCUUGCUCACGCAAUCCAACGUUACCGUACUUGGUGGUCGUGUUGAGAAACUUAUUGAAAAAUGGACUAUUGAACGGCACUCCCUUUUCGAUGGUGAACGAACAGCUAGAUCUGAUGGCAAAGCCCCCAAGUGGAUCUCUUUUGGGAAGAAGAUAUACAAUCAAGCAGAGGCCUCAGGUGACUUCAAAGCUAAUGAUGUCAUCAAAACGACUGUCAAAAAGGAAACUGAGGAGCAGAGCAAUUUUGAGCUUCAGCGGAAGGAGAUCAUCGAAUCUGUCGAGGAAGGCACUGUCAAGGCUUUUACUGCUCCCAAGGUUGCUCCUCCCGUGAAAGUAGCACAAGAUCCAGUUGAGCCUAGAAAACCGAAUGCGCCUGUCAGUGACAGAGGCCAUGAUCGUCGUACAAAGAAGAGAAGAGGAAAGGGAAAAGACGAUAGCGAUGAUGAGGAGGUACCUGCCGAAUUUGCUCGCCCAUCAAAGCCUUCUACACUCUUCGACUUUGUUGCAACGAAUACGCCUGAGAUAGUAGAAAAUCAACGAAUGCGUGUAAAUGAGCCCUCGCAGUCGAACCAUUCUUUUGAUCGUAAUAGGCACGAGAACACGCGGCAAGGUCGUUUCAAUUCUGAACGCGCAAAUGAUCGAAGAGCUUCUGGAUUGCCAGGCGACAACAACCGUCAAAAAAGAGGAGCCAACGAAAACUCCGCUUUUCGAAAGCCUGAUAGCACAAACCAGCGAUCUUCCUUCCAGAAUGAUCGCAGUAAUCACCAAGAGUCAAGAGGGCAGAAUGAUAGGCAAAGGCUAUCUAGGCAGCAACAUCAACCACCAAAUAAGAAUUAUGAUAAUUUUGGUGAAGGCAGACGCGACUAUACGAAUGGUCGCCAGCGCAGACCAAAUUCAACGCGAGACUAUGGUAGUACGAUCGGGAACCAAGGUGGUCAUUUUCGAACUCCGCAACAAAAUGCAAAUUACAUUCCCGAUGGGACUAUGCAAGCAUUUUCCAAUAUGCGGAUAAGCACCACUCCGAUGAAUCAGCCCAACAUGUCUUACCCUCCCCCAUCACUACCUCAGCAACGAUUUUCUAGAAACCCAAAUGUUUUACCUCAGUGGAAAGUUGGGGAUCAGUGUAAAGCGCCAUGGACGGAUGGAUCGUAUUAUCCUGCAAGAAUUGUGAACGUUGGACCAGCAGAUAUGUGUGCUGUACGAUACAAUGAAUAUGGGAACAUUACUACUGUGCCUCAGGCGGUGCUACUGUUUCUGUGAGAUAGUCUGAUCACUACCUGGAGCGUUGCCUUUCUUAGGAAUCAAUUUGUGAUCGAGAGAAUCUAUUUUAGAUGUUUUUUCGAUUUUGCGUGAAAGCUCAAUUUCUGUUCCUGAUCUUUGGCGUGCCUUCUGACAUUGUAUACAGUUGAUAAUCGUAAAAUAGACCUUAUUGUGGAUCCCAUACCUCUUUUGUAGUAUUUCCCUUGUUGAGGUUGUAGUAAGG